AACUAUACAUCUGAAGUGAGAAUAUAUUUGUCAAUGUUUGACCAUUCAGUUCGUCUUCAAUCACCUUAUAUUUCUAAGUUUGCUGGCCUCCCUCUAACAUUCCAAUAAUGGGAUCGUCCAUCAUUAGGCCUCUGCGGUAGGGAGUUGUUUGGCGGAUCCCGCAAGUUUUUCUCUACUUUGCAUCUUAAUUUUGUUUGACUGAGGAAGGCCAAGUUCAGGAUUUUUUUCACAUUUGGCUCUUGCGCUAUUCGCAUUGUCGACUGACUAUACAAACAAAGUGUUUUGGUCCGUGGUGUACACGUCCAGAGCCAAAGAGGGAAGGGAGGUAUUGGUGAGUCUGUGUGUCCGCGGCGGAGCUUAUGAUGCCGACGUUGCGGGACAGCACCAUGUCCCACCCCGGCGAGAAUUCCCACCAAGUCCGGGUGAAGGCUUAUUACAAAGGCCGCUGCUGGGUCCCUUUUUGUUUGGGACAUUAGAGCUCGUGAUCCGUGUGGGUAGUGUGAAGGAGUUGCUGGGGUCAUGUCCCGGCCCGGCAGUCCCAGAGAGGCGGAUGCUCGGAGGUGGGACAGCAGAGUCCUUCUCAAAGCAGUUAAGACGCCAAAGGCAGAGGGACAUCAUGAUCACACACUUUGAACCAUCUAUCUCAUAUGAGGGCUUGUACGGGGAGGUGAGAGACAUGUGCUCCAUGGACAACGACCAGCUCUUCACCAUGAAGUGGAUCGAUGAGGAAGGUGACCCCUGCACCGUAUCAUCUCAGCUGGAGCUGGAGGAAGCGCUGCGACUCUACGAGCUCAACAAAGACUCGGAGCUCAUUAUCCACGUGUUUCCAUGUGUACCAGAGAAACCGGGCAUGCCCUGUCCAGGAGAAGACAAGUCAAUAUAUCGACGCGGUGCUCGACGCUGGAGGAAGCUGUAUUAUGCCAGUGGUCACGCCUUUCAGGCCAAACGUUUUAACAGACGAGCCCACUGCGCUAUCUGCACAGAUCGAAUCUGGGGUCUGGGAAGACAAGGUUACAAAUGCAUCAACUGCAAACUGCUGGUGCACAAGAAGUGCCAUAAACUGGUCACGGUGGAGUGUGGCAGACCAAUGAUCCCGGACCAAAUAAUGCCCGGUCAGCCGUCGAGUCAGUUAGACCCAGCUGAACAUCAAGGCCCUCAGAAUAAAGACUCCAGAGAAAGCUUGACUUACGAUGGAGAGGAAAAAGAGGCACGUAACAGCAGAGAAACAGGGAAAUCGCCCUCCAGCCUGGGCCUGGCAGACUUCGAUCUGCUGCGGGUCAUCGGCAGAGGCAGCUACGCCAAGGUGCUGCUGGUGCAGCUGAAGAAGACGGAGCGCAUCUACGCCAUGAAGGUGGUCAAGAAGGAGCUGGUCAACGACGACGAGGACAUCGAUUGGGUCCAAACAGAGAAGCAUGUCUUUGAGCAGGCCUCUAAUCAUCCCUUCCUGGUGGGCCUCCACUCCUGUUUCCAAACAGAGAGCAGACUCUUCUUUGUGAUUGAAUAUGUAAACGGUGGAGAUCUUAUGUUCCACAUGCAAAGACAAAGGAAACUCCCAGAGGAACACGCCAGAUUCUACUCAGCAGAGAUCAGUCUGGCACUCAACUACCUCCACGAGCGGGGAAUCAUCUACCGGGACCUGAAACUGGACAACGUGCUGCUGGACUCUGAAGGACACAUCAAACUCACAGACUAUGGCAUGUGCAAGGAGGGUUUGAGACCAGGAGAUACAACAAGCACUUUCUGUGGUACCCCCAAUUACAUCGCUCCCGAAAUACUCAGAGGAGAGGAUUACGGGUUCAGCGUAGAUUGGUGGGCGCUCGGCGUGCUGAUGUUUGAGAUGAUGGCGGGCCGGUCGCCGUUCGACAUCGUCGGCAGCUCCGACAACCCAGACCAGAACACAGAAGACUACCUCUUCCAAGUAAUAUUGGAAAAACAGAUUCGAAUCCCCCGCUCGUUGUCAGUCAAAGCUGCCAGUGUUCUCAAGGGGUUCCUAAACAAGGAUCCAAAGGAGCGUCUGGGCUGCCACCCUCAGACAGGCUUUGCAGACAUCACAGGCCAUCCGUUCUUCCGAAACGUCGACUGGGAUCUGCUGGAGCAGAAGCAGGUGGUCCCGCCGUUCAAACCCAACAUCUCAGGGGAAUUUGGACUGGACAACUUUGACGCCCAGUUCACCAACGAGCCCAUCCAGCUCACACCCGAUGACGACGAUGUGGUCCGGAAAAUCGACCAGUCCGAGUUUGAAGGCUUCGAGUACAUCAACCCUCUGCUGAUGUCUGCGGAGGAGUGUGUGUGAGAGAAGUGACGUCUGUGCUCAUGAACACCACCCACGCGCGCGCACACACACCCUCUCACACACACGUGUUUACGUGAUGUCUCAGUGUCUUCAAGCUGCAUGGUUACGAGACAACCCGGCGACAUCGACCUUCUGUUGGAGGGCUGCACAUGCACAAUAGAACGCUUAUUUGCCAAAACCAGUCUCACACUCUGCCAUUUAUAACCACUUUGCCCUUAAGCCUCCUUCUUUAUUAAUUAUUUUUGUAUCAUGUAAAUCUGCACUGAUAUCAGUUCUGUCAUCAGGGCCUCCUUAUCGUUAGCCAACAUGGCCACAAAGUUCUUCCAAGGUUGCUGUAGCGGGGGGCGGGAGGGACGAGGCGUGGCCCCCGAUCGACUGAGCAUCCUCUCCUUCCAGCCAGUGGGGUGUUUUCACUGCAUAUUUUAUUUGUAUAUAUAAGAAACUAUUAUUGAGGGGCAAAGGUUAGACAAGGCCUUUUUAGCUUCAAGCCACAGUCCGACGAACAUGACCUCUUAUGCGUCGUUUUGGCCGUUCGCUUUGUCUCAACUACCCCUCUGUAGAAAAAGAGUAAUCAUAACACUAGCCUUUUAAAAAAGAGAAAGAUAAAACUGAUAUAUUUUCUCAUAUUUUAUUUAACAUUGUACCGGUCAUGAAAGUGUUAAUUGUUCAGCCUGAGUGACGCGACGAACACUCGACAUCUGGAAAAUCAAGUGUGCUUCAGGUCCCCUCCUCCAGAAUGAAGAACUGCAGACUAACACUAAUAAUGAGUUAAUGCUCGCAAACUGUGAACGGAAAAGCUGUCGGGGAAAUGGCCUGGAAGCAUAGCACAAAGUAGCUGAACGCUGGAGCUGAGGUGUAAUGUUGCCAUGCAGACCUUCCAUGAAAAACACACUCACACAGGACCAAAAACAUUUUUAUGAAAAAUGUCUUGCUGGUACGUAUUAGAUGGUACAGUAUACAUAAAGAUGUGCUGUCCUAAGUCAUAGAAUUUAUAUAUUCAUAUUUUUGUUCUUAUUUUCAAUACUAUGCCUUUCUGGAACGUUUGCUUUGUAUCUUUUUUGUAUUUUUUUUUUUUUUUCCAUUCCAUGUAUGUCUUUUUGUUAUGAAAAAUCUAAACGCUAAGUGAAACGAAGGCUCGUUAGAAGUCCAAACCCACAACACAGCGCUGUGUUCAUACUGACAUGCGGCUUCAAAACUGUUAUCUGUCUUCUAUCAUUUUAACGUACGCAGCCCCCCAGUUCUGUUUUUUGAAUGAAAUAUUUUCUACAACUGCUUUAAAGCACACCAAAACCCAGAUGAUUAACUCUCCACCCCCAAAUGGAAUGAAACUAAGUGAUGGUUCAUGAAAUUUCACUGUUUGGAACACGCUCUGGGGCUCUCGUGAUCAGUAGCAGAACACGUUCAUCUGUUACAGUUUCUUUGCUUUGUUACGUUUUCUGAUGAAUCAGAUUGAAUUUAGAUUUUUUUUUUUUUCCAUUAUCACUACAUUGAUUCCAAAAUGUUCUUGGGUGAACCCAAUGGAGACACUAUUCUUUGUAUUUGUUGUGUUUUGCGGAUGUUUACCAUCCACAGGACUUUAUUAGUGUUAAAAGAAAAAAAAAAACACAGAUGGUAAAAUAAACAUUUUAUUUCUCUCCUUGUGGUAAUA